AACAAAAUGUAAAGGUCCCCUCGGGGUGCUGCCCCUGCUCAUACACAUACUGGUUGAACAAGUGAAGAAAUAAUGAAUCAUCAGUUACGGCCUUUAAUCGACGCGUAGAUUGUUUGUUCCGUAUGCUUUACUAGCUGACUCUAUUUUUCCAAGUGAUAUUUAGAAUAGAUAACACUCUAAUCGAAUUUUUAAGUUGUUACUAUUAACGUUGCAGAGCUCGGUGGCCUGAUUUUUUGUGGCUUUAACGUUUAGCUAGCUAAGCAAGCUCAGUCAAACUUCUACACUUUUUGUGAAAGAUGGCUGACAACGGAGCGCACCCGACUGAAGAGGACCCGGCCGCCGCUUUUCUGGCUCAACAGGAGAAUGAGAUAGCGGGGAUAGAAAACGAUGGCGACGCAUUUGGGAUCCUAGAAGGAGCCGGUGUUCAGCAGCCGCAGACCGACAACUAUGACGGGUUUGAAGAGCCUGCCACGUUGAAUGGAGACCUGUUUCAGGAGUCCAAUGGCCCAACAGACAGCUAUGCAGCCAUCGCCCAGGUGGAUAUUCAAAGGCAAGAACCUGAAAGUUUACGCAAAUGGAGGGAGGAGCAGAAGGCACGCCUUGAAGCAUUAGACUCGGCAUCCAAGGCAGCGGAGGAAGAAUGGAGAGUGAAAGCGAAGAAGGAGCUUGAAGACUGGCACGUACACCAAAGUGAGCAGAUGGAGAAGAAUAAGACCAACAACAGGAUUGCUGAUAAGGCUUUCUACAAACAGCCCAACUCUGAUGUUAUAGGCUUUGUAGCAUCUGAGGAGGCUUUCCUGGCAGAGACGGACAGCAACAGCCCCGGGUCUGAAUGGGAGAGAGUAGCUCGUCUCUGUGACUUCAAUCCAAAAACCAACAAGCAGGCGAAGGAUGUUUCCCGAAUGCGCUCUGUGCUGAUCUCUCUCAAACAGACACCUCUAGUUCGCUAGAGCAUGUCGCUGGGGGGAGCUAGAAACAUUGCCUUUUAAUCUCACUUUGCAUCAGAAGGAUUUGUAUUCCCUUUUGUGUACGAAAAACACCCUGGUAUGUUUAUAACCUUUAAACACUUCCUGCCUUUAACGAUGCCUGUUAAGAGUCAAAUAAUAUACUUAAACCUGUGAGAGGAGGGAUUACUGUUACAACAUCCUUUAGUUGGUCAGCUUCAUCACUGCUAUAUUAAGAAAAUAUUGUUACUGUAAAUUCAGUAAUUUCCCUUUCUCCUUUAACUUAUAAAUUGUUACUAGGUCAACUUUAUUGCAUGCCUUCCUGAUAUUUUGGAUGCACAUUUUUAGUUGAAUUUAUAAAUUAGCAUUACGGUCAAACACUUAGCGAUUAAGCACUGUUACAGAUUAGAUUGUAACCAGUUUUGCCUCAUCAACUAUAAACCAUUAACCGAAGCACAUUAAUGUUCACUGUAUUAUAUUAUAUCCCUAAUUACUGUUUUUAAGUUAGCAUAUUUUUCACUAUAACAUACCCAAGCUCGUGGCCUUUUUUGAUCAACCUCUUUCUACAAUUUGAGCACUUAGCUGGAUGAAUUUCUCUUCAAUUUGGCAAGAUUUCAGCUAAAUUAAGAAACAUUGAACUACAACCAAAGAUUUCAUUGAAAUUUUCAGAGUUCACACAUUUUACGGCUUGUUUCUUAUUUUGCUAUAUUAUACCAUUUUCUGUUACGCCAACAAAUUUUAAUUUUUUUUUUUUUAAAGAAAUGAUGCAGGGGGUCAUUUACAACAGCGAUGUCUUCACACUGUUUCACAUGCUGCCUAUUUGGAUUUAAGGAAUAGUGAAAAAGUGAAUGUUAAAAGGGAACUGGAAAAUAAAAACAGUGUAGUAUGAUCACUUCAAA